UCUCUCUCUCUCUCUCUCUCUCUCUGCUGAGACUUCCAGCCUAUUGUUUGAGACAGCAGAUAUAAGUUGCGAUGGAGACGAGCGCCGGGUUCGCCGUGUGUCCCCCAUUUUCAAUUAUAGAUGGCUCAUUACGGAGCGCGCAGCCCGGGCAAAGCAGACAGCUGCUGUUCACAUGAAUGCACUCACCUUGUAGAGAGCCAGCCGCAGACAUGCUGUGGAAGCUCGUGGAGAACGUCAAGUACGAGGACAUCUACGAGAUGUUAGUCCACACCUAUUCAUCCAUGGACCGGCACGAUGGCGUCCCGAGUCACAGCUCGAGGCUCUCCCAGCUGGGCUCCGUGUCCCAAGGACCCUACUCGAGCGCCCCGCCGCUGUCCCACACGCCGUCGUCGGACUUCCAGCCCCCCUACUUCCCGCCCCCCUACCAGCCGCUCCCCUACCACCAGAGCCAGGACCCCUACUCCCACGUCAACGACCCCUUCCUGAACCCCCUGCACCAGCCGCAGCAGCACCCGUGGGGGCAGCGGCAGCGGCAGGACGUGGGCUCGGACGCCGGCACGCUGCUGCCCCAGCCCCGCGCCGCGCUGCCGCAGCUCUCGGGCCUCGACCCGCGCCGCGACUACCACUCGGUACGCCGGCCCGACGUGCUGCUCCACUCGGCGCACCACGGCCUGGACGCCGGCAUGGGCGACAGCCUGUCCCUGCACGGCCUCGGCCACCCCGGCAUGGAGGACGUCCAGUCUGUUGAAGAUGCCAAUAGCAGCGAGAAUCUGUUGGACCAGUCUGUCAUUAAAAAAGUGCCGGUUCCUCCCAAAUCCGUGACUUCUCUGAUGAUGAAUAAAGAUGGCUUUCUGGGAGGCAUGUCGGUCAACACCGGCGAGGUGUUCUGCUCCGUCCCCGGCCGCCUGUCCCUGCUCAGCUCCACGUCCAAGUACAAGGUCACGGUGGGGGAGGUCCAGAGGCGGCUCUCGCCCCCCGAAUGCCUCAACGCGUCCCUCCUCGGCGGUGUCCUCAGAAGAGCCAAAUCGAAAAAUGGGGGGAGAUCUUUGCGAGAAAGGCUAGAAAAAAUCGGUUUGAAUUUACCGGCGGGCAGGCGCAAAGCAGCCAAUGUCACCUUACUCACAUCUUUGGUGGAAGGAGAAGCUGUUCACUUAGCUCGGGAUUUUGGGUAUAUCUGUGAAACAGAGUUUCCCGCGAAAGCCGUCUCUGAGUAUUUGAACCGGCAGCACACAGACCCCAGCGACCUGCACUCCAGAAAGAACAUGCUGUUGGCCACCAAGCAACUUUGCAAGGAAUUCACCGACCUGCUGGCGCAGGACCGGACUCCGAUCGGGAACAGCCGGCCCAGCCCCAUCCUGGAGCCCGGGAUUCAGAGCUGCCUCACGCACUUCAGCCUCAUCACCCACGGCUUCGGCGCCCCGGCCAUUUGCGCUGCGCUCACCGCCCUGCAGAACUAUCUCACCGAAGCCCUCAAAGGCUUGGACAAGAUGUUCUUGAGCACCACGUCCACUAACAGGCACACGUCUGGGGAAGGCCCAGGUAGUAAAACUGGCGACAAGGAGGAAAAACACAGGAAAUGAAAAAAAAAAUUUAAAAAAAAAGAAGGAAAAGUGUUUUAAAUACAAAAAGGAAAACAGAAAAAAAAAUAAUUU